AGCACUCUGUCCUUCAAGUUGAUUUCUCUCCGUUCUUGCUCCCAGCUAUUUGCCAUUGCAAUAUUAGUUUUCAUGCUAGCAGUACUGGUCGGCGAUAGAAUCUAUCCAUACAACAGGGGAGCUGCUCUGUUUACUGCAUUGGUUGUCAGUUAUGCACUUACAUCUGGGGUUGCCGGCUAUACUGCGGCCUCAUUCUAUUGCCAGCUGGAAGGGACAAACUGGGUAGCCGAGAUUGUAGUAGGAAAUGGGAAUUCAAAGUCAGAGAGAGAAAUAGACGGGAUGAUUAAAGAGAUGCAUAAAAACAGUUAAUUACAUGUGGAAAAAAGUUAUCCAGAAAUGGCAGAAUUGAUCCUCUUCUUCCUAUUCUUGUCCCUGUUCUCACUAAAGUUGCCUACAUCUUGGGCCUCCGCGUCUCUCCUCUCUGGAUAACAUCGUUCAUUACUAGGUGGUUGAAGCGCAGUUGAUGAAGGAGAACAAUUUUAUUUAUUUUGACUUCUGUGUUGUAUAAUGAUUUUACUUGUGUAAUUAGUGAUUUGUAUUAAACGGAAUUAGUGAUUUAUUGUUGGUUUUAUAGAA